AACAUAAUAAAAUGUUGUAUUUGAAUUGUGGCGAGGAGCGAUAAGCGUCGCGUCGACAUGCGCCGCCCCGCGCUCGCGCUCGUCGUGCUGUGCCGCGCCGCGCUCGCGCUGCCUCAGCCGCCCAGCACCGAUAAACCUAUCGUCCAAAAUGCUAACAAAAGCCUAGAGUUCGUCAAUAUCAUCAAACAAGAUCUGCGGCGCGACAACGACGACUACGCCAUGCUCGAGCAGAACCGGCUGCAGGCGGCCGAGCCCUCGCCCCCACCCCGCUCCGAGCCCCCUCCCUCACCCCCACCCGCGCCCCGCGCUCCCCCACCCUCCCUGCCACCCGCGCUGCUCGACGCGAGGAAAGGCAUGAACAUGAGAUCUCACGGCUCUAAGCACAACAGCAAAGUGCACUCCAAGCAUCACAAGAAAGUGGACCCCCUGGACAAGCUCAAGCAGUUCGUGGACAAGAAUAAGAUCCGCACGGGAGGGAGCACCCCCCCCGCGCCGCCGCCGCCGCUCAGCACGGGGGGGCCGCUCCGCGUGCGCGAGCCCCCCGCCUCGCCCGAGCCCGACCAGCUGGACAUGGCGGCGGCGCGCGGCCCGCAGGUCUCGCAGCUGCGCUUCAAGGGCCGCCUGUGCCAGCGCAGCGUGAUGGCGCUGGAGGGGCCCACGUACGACCGGCUCGGCAAGCAGCUGCGCGGCGCCUUCAACGCGGCCGAGCGAGGGCGCCAGUUCCACCACACCGCCGCGCCCAAGCUGCUGCUGCCGCGCUGCUGCAACUGCUGCAAGAAGUCCGUGCUCGGCUGCCAGUGACGUCAACACACUCAAGACCAAUACUUCAUACAAAUAUACUUAUUUUUCUUUUUAAUUUGCGAUCUCUAUAACUCCCUGCGUACAAAAUCAUUGGAACUAUUCCGAGAUACUCAGGGUCUCACACAAAUUGCGUUAGCGCAA